UUGCUCUUCUCCCAGCUCGCCCCCUCAUCGACUUGUUCCGUACGGGCCUGCUGUUUUCUGCCUCUCUGUCUGUUCUCUGUCUGUUCUCUGCCUUUUCUCAGUCAUAAUGGACGAUUCAGACCGGCUGAAUGCCGGCAUUUCCAAGCGAAUCCGCCAAGCGUGUGCCAGUUGCCGACGGCGCAAGACCAAGUGCUCUGGAGAGCGUCCAGUAUGCUUCCAUUGUCGCCGCAGUCGCCAGCGCUGCGUGUAUGAACCGUACUCGUCCACCGUCAGCGACGCCAGUGUCCCUCCCCCGCCGCCACCUACUACCCAGGAUAAUAGUGCAAUUCUGCAGCGGAUUAACAUGCUCGAGUCGCGUCUGGCCGAGCUCAGUGACCGCGCAGCGCCCCAGCCCCUGGGAUCACCAACUCAGAACGGGUUUCUUCCGUCUGCCUCGCCUCCGCAGCGCUUUAACAGCGAACAGUGCUCUCUCCCUCCUCCCUCCAUCCUCCAAAACACCAUCGACACCUUCUUCGCUCGCGUCCAGAACCGCCCCUACUCGUAUAUCCAAGAGGCUUCGUUCCGGCGGAAACUAGAACUGGGAAUCGUGCCAAACUGCCUGCUGCUCGCCGUCCUGGCAGCCGCAGUGCGCUUUUCCACGCACGAAUAUUAUGCAGGCAGGAAGCAAGAGGCCAUCGAGGUGUAUGCAAAAGGCUCGUGGAUGUCGGUCCUCACCGAGCAUCUCACGGUGGUUGACAAUCUGACGGUGGAGGUGGUGCAGACCGUGAACCUGCUUGCCAUCGUCAACUAUACAGCUGGCCAUGUCAGCUCUGCCUGGUUGAAGGUUGGCCUCGCGGCGCGCAUAUCCCAGGACCUGCGUCUGAUGAUAGAGCCCUCCAAUGCACUCCCAUUCCCAGAGCAAGAGGAGCGCCGGCGCACGUUCUGGUCAGGAUAUCUACUCGACAGGCUCAUUUCAUGCGGAAGGUCACGGCCUCUCUGCUUCCACGACGACGACUGCCAUGUGCGCCUGCCAUGCGACGAGGAGACCCUUCGCACUGGACAGGUGCAGACCACGCAUACCCUGCACGAGCUGCUUUGCUGGGACUCGGAGAUCGAUCACGAACAGCCUCCCAGUCCGUUUGGUCUGGUCAUUCUCAUGGCCUCCAUCUUUGGCCGAUGCACGCGGUACGUGCACAGAGAGUGUAAUCCCGACAAAACGCCACCCUGGGACACCAACUCGGAGUUUUCCAAGAUCAACUCGUCCUUGCUGCUGCUGGAGUCCUAUUCCACAAACAGGCGGCUCUCCGUCGUUGACACACUGCGACACAAGCACUCCCCGCAUCAAUCAGAAGAAGAGCAAGUCGUCUUCGCCCAUAGCCUGUUCCAUCUGUGCCAUUGUCUACUGAACCACCCUUUCCUCUUACGGCUGCGUCUCAAGCCAUUCGGAUCAAAAGCUCCCACUAGCUUUGCCCUACGCGUCCUCCAGACGGCGAUCGAACACGCCAACCAGCUGAUGGACCUUCUACGCGAUGCCAGCGAGGCAGGAUUUCCCCUGCAGUCAUCCUUCUACCCAUACUGCGUCGUAGUCGUAGCGGGGAUACAGUCCCUUGCGUUUCACUACGAAGCAUCCAAGAAUGACCCACACUCCUCAGAUAGUUUGGACUACUUCCACCGAAGUCUCAGCAUGCUCGAGCGCCUAUCAGGGACAUGGGGGCACGCUGCAAACAUGGUUGUUCGACUUCGCGAAUUCCACGCCCAAGGCCAUAUAUUUUCCUCGCUCCUGGAUCCCGCCUGCAUAACCGACGACAUGGACACUUCCUCUGUGGACGCCCUUUGGACAAUGCUGGAUUAUGGCCUGGUUGGCUCCCGAAUCAGCGACAGCCCCGGUUUCUCAGGCUCGCUUCUUUCGAACAUGCCCUCGCCGUCGUCCUGGGCUCUGGGCUCCGAUAUCUUCAAUACAGAUUCCCUCGGAAUGGGGAAUACAGACCCCCAGCUGCUGGGUGGACUGACACCUGUUCACUUUAAUCGGGAAGUAGACACGCUUCUCAAUCCAUGUUGACGGUAUAUACUCGGCAACUGGGAUGACUUAUGUAUCAUGAUGUAAUGAACUAGCCUUGGC